AAAUAAUUUAUGUUAAUUGAAUUUGUUGUUGAAAUUAAUAUUAUUUUUCAGUCGUAUAAACUGAAAUCGUCGAGAAAAAAUGAAGGAUUUCACUCUCCUGCUUAUUGUGGCGGAGAUAAUCACCAGCUGGACAUUUGCUGAGCAAUGUGCGUGCGCAACGGUCAAUGUAAAUGUGCGAACUGAGGCAGGAGUCGGUCACCACAUAUUGACAACACUCCUCACAGGUUCCUGUCUGCCAUUCAAAGGGAACAGGCAGGUUGUCAGCGGAGCUUCUUGGGUCAAUGUUGACUACAAUGGACAGGACGCCUGGAUCCACGAAGGAUAUGUGGCCAUUCGAACGUGUGAUGGCACAGGUGGUUCCCAGCUCCCCGGAUGCCCGCACAUCAUUCCCCGUGCAGAGUGGGGCGCCCGUCCCCCAACCCACACAAUACCUCAGCUGAGCCACACCCCUACGUACAUGUUCAUCCAUCACGGAGCCUCUGGAUUCUGCCACGCCAAGGAUGAUUGUAUCGCAAAGGUUCAGGCCUAUCAGAAUUAUCACAUGGACGUCCAUGGCUGGCCGGACAUCGGUUACAGUUUCGUUGUCGGCGAGGACGGGAACAUUUACGAGGCCCGGGGUUGGGAUGAGGUAGGAGCCCACACAUACGGCUACAACUCCGUGGGAUUAGCUAUAUGUGUGAUUGGUGAUUUCACCCACCGGGUGCCUAACGACGCUGCCCUGAACGCCGUGAAGCAGUUGAUUCAAUGUGGCCUGGACAACCACAAGCUGACGUCCACGUACACGCUCAGGGGUCAUCGUGACAUGUUUGACACGGCCUGCCCGGGGGACCAGCUGUAUGCCCUCAUCCAACACUGGUCACACUAUUAGUAACUUAAGGGUUGCGGUCAAAUUGCCAUGUUGAAAAGGCGGUAUAAUAAAUCAGCAGUUGUGCUUACAUUGAAGUAAUAUUAUAUCAAUUAACAUGCUUUUAAAUCAAAUCAAAUUAUUUCGAGUUAUUUAGAACACCUUCUGUAAA